UCAAGCUCCGUCUCCACGUUGGCCACACGUCGGCGGGAGCUCGGUUCAGCGCGCCACUGCGGGAACAAGAGGAGAGGAACGGGAAAAAAAUAAGAAAUCAAAAAACGGAUACCGCGACUCUUUCCUCUCUCCCCCCUUUUCGCUCACCUCUCUUCUUGGAUUUGUUUCGUUCCACUCGAGCCACCGUGAUUCCAGUUUCAGUGUUUGCAGACCAAACGUACGGUGGUCCCAUGCACGGACCGGUACCGGGAGGGAGUCAGACCCCCCCAGACCAGCUGCCUCCUCCUCCUCGUCCUCCUCCUCCAUCAUCAUUGCGCACGGAUGAAAGUCACCGUUGAGGAUCGCUCGUGGCAGCAUCGCCGGUGUCUCUCGCUUACCGGGAGGAUUAUACAAUAAAACGGAGGGAUUUGUGUUGCUUUUCCUCCAUGGCGUUCCUCGUGUGAACAGCGAGUGAACAAGGACCUUUUUUUUUCUUCUCCUCCAUCAUCACCCCCUCUUCGUCUUUUAUUUUGAAGACACCUUGUGGAGCAUGAGAUGAGACUGCCGCUGCUUUUCGCCUCUCUACCGUGAGAGCCAGACGGAGAACGGAGGAGGACCGGAGGAGCCCCCCGUCCGUGUGUGUGUGUGUGUGUGUGUGUGUGUGUGAUUUGUGUGUGUGUCCGUGGAGCCGUGUGUGUAUCAGUCCCCGGUUUUGUGUGUCCGCGGAGCCGGGUGUGUGUGUCUGUCUCCGUUGGAUGAGAAGAUGCUGUGCGUAAUGUGCUGUUCGAGGCUCCGCACGUCGAGCUGAGGACACCGGGAGCACGACACGACUUUAAGGAUUUCUCCGGUGUUGCUCGGUGUGUCUUGGUGUGCGUGACCGUGCAUCGGGAGGUUACGAGCUUCGCACGGAUUCCACAGCCUACAAACCCCCGUUGCUGUUUUUUGUAUUUUGUCAAGACUCCGGAAUAACUGGGACGCACUGGCAGGUGGAUCUUUGGGGGGGGGGGCUUCACUGAGGAGCUCCGGACGAUGACACCCCACCCUGCGACCGCACUCCAGUGAUCCCCGGGGGGCCCCCGUCCCCUCUUACCCCCCGUGACGAUGCACCACCGGCUCCCCCCGCUGCUCCUGCUGCUCGCCCUCUGCCUGGGGCCGGCGGCGGCGUACGACGGCUACGGCGAGAUCUGCCGGAGCCUCUGCACGUGCGAGGAGAAGGAGGGCGUGCUGGCGGUGAGCUGCGAGAACCGGGGCAUCAUCCGCCUGUCGGAGAUCAGCCCCGUGCGCUUCUCGGCCUACCACCUGCUGCUCACGGGCAACCUGCUCAAGAAGCUGGCGCUCAACGACUUCAUCAACUACACGGGCGUCACCAUCCUGCACCUGGGCAACAACGACAUCUCGGAGGUGGAGACGGGCGCGUUCAACGGCCUGCAGGGGCUGCGGCGGCUGCACCUCAACAACAACAAGAUCGACCUGCUCCGCGACGACACCUUCCUGGGCCUGGAGAGCCUGGAGUACCUGCAGAUCGACUACAACUACAUCUCGGUGGUGGAGCCCAGCGCUCUGAGCCGCCUCCACCAGCUGACCGUGAUGAUCCUCAACGACAACCUGCUGUCGGCGCUGCCGGCCAACGUCUUCCGCAGCGUGCCGCUCACCCACCUGGACCUGCGGGGCAACCGGCUGAAGAUGUUCCCGUACGUCGGCCUGCUGGAGCACAUGGACAAGGUGGUGGAGCUGCAGCUGGAGGAGAACCCGUGGAACUGCUCCUGCGAGCUGAUCGCGCUCAAGGCGUGGCUGGAGAGCAUCUCGUACACGGCGCUGGUCGGCGAGGUGGUGUGCGAGACGCCGUUCCGCCUGCACGGCCGCGACCUGGACGAGGUGUCCAAGCAGGAGCUGUGUCCGCGGCGGCCGCCCGACGAUGGCGGCGGCGGCGGCGGCGGCGGCGGCGCCAGGCCAGUGGCACCGCCGCUGAGCACGGGCGGCUACUACCAGACCACGCCGGCGCCGGCGGCCACGCCGUCCGUCACCUCCUCGGCCGUGCUGAGGUCCUCGUCCAAACCCACCAAGGGCACGCGGCAGUUCAACAAGACCAGGUCAAAGCCCACGUCCCGGUUCCCCGGAGGCAACCCGUACAACUACGGCCCCAUCAUCGCCUUCCAGACCAAGUCGCCCGUGCCUUUGGAUUGCCCCGCCGCCUGCACGUGCAACCUGCAGAUCUCCGACCUCGGGCUGAAUGUCAACUGCCAGGAGAGGAAGAUCGAGAGUAUCUCCGACCUGAAACCCAAGCCAUACAACCCGAAGAAGAUGUACCUCACCGGGAACUACAUCCCGGUGGUGCGUCGCUCGGAUUUCGUCGACGCCACCGGAUUGGAUUUGCUUCACCUCGGAAACAACAGGAUAACAAUGAUCCACGACCGGGCUUUCGGGGAUUUAACCAACUUGCGUAGGCUGUAUUUAAACGGUAAUCUCAUGGACAGGCUCCGAGCGGAGAUGUUUUUCGGCCUGCAGAACCUGCAGUAUCUUUAUCUAGAGUACAACAAAGUCCGGGAGGUGGACGCCGGCGCGUUCCGCUACCUGCCCAACCUGCAGCUGCUCUUCCUCAACAACAACCUCCUGAAGACCCUGCCGGGCGACGUCUUCACUGGCCUCUCCCUGUCGCGCCUCAACCUCCGCAACAACCACUUCCAGCGCCUGCAGGCGGCCGGCCUCCUGGACCAGCUGAAGCUGCUGCUGCAGAUCGACCUCUUCGAGAACCCCUGGGACUGCACCUGCGGCCUGCUGGGCAUGAAGGUGUGGAUGGAGCAGCUAAGCGCCGGAACGGUCGUCAACGAGGUCACCUGCGAGAGCCCCAAGCGCCACGAGGGCGUGGACCUGCACGCCGUCCCGGCCGAGCUCCUGUGCUCGGACCGCUCGGACGUGGCGGUGUCCUCGCAGAGCCCGGCCUUCGCGCCUUCGGAGCGACCGGCGGACGAGCGCUCGGCGGUGGCCGGCGGCGGUGGCGGCGGCGGCGGCGGCGGCGGCGGCGCCACCACGGAGACGCCGCAGCGCUUCAACCACGCGGGCGGCACGGUGCCCCUGUCGGUGCUCAUCCUCAGCCUGCUGCUCGUCUUCAUCAUGUCGGUGUUCGUGGCGGCGGGGCUCUUCGUGGUGGUGAUGAAGAGGCGCAAGAAGUCCCAGAGCGACCGCACCAGCACCAACAACUCGGACGUGAGCUCCUUCAACCUGCAGUACAGCCUGUACAGCAACCGCUCGGGCUGCCCCAAGGCCAAGGCCCCGGCGGGCCACGUCUACGAGUACAUCCCCCACCCCAUGGGCCACAUGUGCAAGAACCCCAUCUACCGCUCGCGGGAGGGCAACACGGUGGAGGAUUACCGCGACCUCCACGAGCUCAAGGUCACGUACAGGAAUACCCCCGACGAGGAGAGGGACGGCGUCUGCGUCGGCGUCGGCGUCGGCGGCGGCGGCGGCGGCACCAUGCGGAGCCCGUCGUACAGCGUGAGCACCAUCGAGCCCCGCGACAACCCCUCCCCCGUGCAGGACGCCGACCACUUCUUCAGAGGGAUGCUGGACCCGGACAAGCACCCGUCGCCCCACCAGCCUCCCCCCCAGCUCUCGGCCGGCCCCAACCUCGAGUUUAAGUACAGCGGGCCCGUGUCCUACACGUACAACCCCAACUUUGACGUCCGGCGUCAGUUCUUGCACCCGGAACGGAUUAGGGAGACGGUUCUGUACGGCACGGCGCCCAGUACUGUGUACGUGGAACCCAAUCGGAACGAGUACCUGGAGCUUAAGGCCAAGCUGCAGUCUGAGCCCGAUUACCUGGAGGUGCUGGAGAAACAGACCACCUUUAGCCAGUUCUGAGGCUCGCGGGAUCCGCGGCAAACGUUAGUGCUAACGAUACAGUGUUCACCCUUUGGUUGUUUUUUUUUGUUGCGGUCCUAGAAAAUACAAAACACUGAUUCAGCUUUUUAGGGUGCCCUGGCACGACACAAAACCAGGAAGCGGAGCAGUGAUUAACGGGGUGUGCCGAACUAUCGUCUUCUUAUUUCUGGAAAACAUGAGACAUUAAAAACGCAAAUGGAUACAGCUUUCUGAAACAAAACAUGGAUGAGCAAAAAAAUAAAAAAAAUAGCUCUGAAAAUAAGUGACAGAGAAAAUCUAUUUUUAUAUUGGUGAAGAAACAAAUCACAAGCAAACUGUAAGUGUACAGGUAAAUCUUACUUAAAUUCAUUCGCAGGAGUAUAACCAUACAUAAAGUAUAUUGUGAAUUUAAAAAAAGAAAAUGUUUAUAGGGUCACAAACUCGGACAAAACAAUGUACAGCAGAUCAUCAAAACUGUGUAGGGACUAUUUUCUGCUGGAGUCUGUAAGUAAGUAUUUAUUAAUAUAAUCUGCCAUGUCUUUUCAAAACUUUUGAUUCUACAUCAGUAUUACUGUGUCAUCAAUCCUCCACACAAUCCCCUUCAAAAAAGGCUUCUGUUUGUAGUUUCAUUUACUGUAGCUUUGCAUUGUAAAGUGGCUUUUUUAUUUGGUUUUAAAAGGUGGCACACCCCAAAUGUUUAAAACGGACUGCAUCGCUUGAAGAAUAAGAAAAAAGAAAGUGUCUUUGAAUGCCUUCCGCACUUUUCCGGAGAAUGGCAGGUGCAAAAUGGCCUCCGCGAGCUCUCAUAAAAAGAGAUUAUUAUAUUAAAAAUGAAUAUGGAUAUUCAUUCUUAAUAUGUAGAAUUGAUAUGUUAUCAACAAACGAAAAAUUCAUAAAUGAUAUUUGAAGUAAUAAUUAUGUUGUGUAAUACUGAUAUUUUAAUCAAUGUAUUUUUAUACAGGCAUUCGCAUACUCUCUAUUCCUUAUCAGAAAAAUUUGUUUUGAUUGCUUUGCACUUUGCACUAUAUUGACCAAACUAUGUUAAUGCCAUCAAAUAAAAAUGAUGUCAGGUUCAUAUAAUGUGCUGAUGUACCGAA